UCUGAUUUGAAUUUGAAAGAGUGAUCCGAAGAAAACGUUGCAACUUACCAAAAUACAAAAUUUUAAUGUGUUUUGAGUUGGUCGCUUCAAUUUAACUCCUCCGGGAUCCGUACGGCCGCUUAAUUUUUGCUUUGCUCAAAAGUUAACUUUGAACAACGGAUCUCUCUCUCUCUACAACCUCUCUGUAACUUCACGGUCAGAUCACUCUUCCAAAUCCGAGCCCUCCUCCGAUCUCCCACAAUGUCCACCGCCACCGAACAACUGCACGUCCAGAACGGACUCGUACCAGAUCCGACAACAAAUCCCAAACCAGAAUCCGAAUCAGAGCCUGAACUCGAAACUGAACCAGCACCAGCGCCGGAGCCCGAAAUGAAACCGGAACCGGAAGCUAAACCCGAGCCAGUGCCGGAGGCCGAAGCUAGACCGGAACCUCUACCCGAACACGAACUGGUGGUGGCCGAUGCCGCGGAUCCGAAGGUGAACGAAGUGGUCGAAGCCUCGAUCCAAUCACACAGCCCAGGAGCUGCGCAUCCGGAGCUGAAGAAAGACGAAGGGAGCCGUACAUUCACGAUGAGAGAGCUGCUUAGUGGCUUGAAAAAUGACCAAUCAAACGACGUCGUAAAUGAUUCCAGCUCCCCUUACGGUUACAGUGAGGAGAGCCCACAGGAGCAACACUCAGAGCAGAACAAUGCUGCAAUGGAGUUGAUCAACAGUGUUACUGGUACCGAUGAUGACGGUCGGUCUCGCCAACGGGUUCUUACUUUUGCUGCUAAGAGGUAUGCUAGUACAAUAGAGAGAAAUCCAGAUGAUUAUGAUGCACUUUACAAUUGGGCGCUGGUUCUUCAGGAAAGUGCAGAUAAUGUUAGUCCAGAUUCUACUAAUCCUUCUAAGGAUGCUUUGCUUGAGGAGGCUUGCAGAAAGUAUGAUGAGGCUACCCGUCUGUGCCCAACACUUCAUGAUGCUUUCUAUAAUUGGGCUAUUGCAAUCUCUGAUCGGGCAAAAAUGCGUGGUCGUACAAAGGAAGCUGAAGAACUAUGGAAGCAGGCUACAAAAAAUUAUGAAAAAGCGGUGUUGCUCAACUGGAACAGUCCCCAGGCACUUAACAACUGGGGGCUUGCUCUGCAGGAACUCAGCGCAAUCGUUCCUGCAAGAGAAAAGCAAACAAUUGUAAGAUCUGCAAUAAGUAAGUUCCGUGCAGCUAUUCAGCUGCAGUUUGAUUUUCAUAGAGCAAUUUACAACCUUGGAACCGUAUUGUAUGGAUUAGCUGAGGACACACUAAGAACUGGGGGAUCUGGACAUCCCAAAGAAGUUUCACCUAAUGAGUUGUAUAGUCAAUCGGCUAUCUACAUUGCAGCUGCACAUGCUUUGAAACCAAAUUACAAUGUUUACAGUAGUGCCUUGAGGCUGGUGCGAUCCAUGCUUCCCUUACCAUAUCUUAAAGUUGGUCUUACUGCACCGCCAGCGGGAAAACCAAUUGCACCUCAUAGUGAUUGGAAACGAUCGGAGUUUAUUUUGAAUAAUGAAGGGCUUCAACAGGUUAGCAAAAGUGAGGCAAAGCAUGUACCCCAAGGCAUCUCAGGCAGAUCAGUAGAAGCAGCUAUAAAAGUUGACGUUCCAGAUAUCGUUUCUGUUUCAGCAUGUGGUGAUCUGACUUUACCACCUGGUGCAGGCCUUUGCAUUGAUACAAUUCAUGGACCCGUCUAUCUGGUUGCUGAUUCAUGGGAACUCCUUGAUGGAUGGCUUGAUGCAAUCCGUCUAGUUUACACCAUCUAUGCUCGGGGUAAGAGUGAUGUUCUGGCAGGUAUAGUAACAGGCUGAUUUAACGUAGUUUUUAUUUUUCUUUUAAUGUAUCAUCAGUUCCUUGAUUUUUUUUCGAGUGAUGUAUAAUUUUCCGAUUGAGAAUGACUUGUUUGAAUAAACUCUGUAAAUUACGCAUUUUUUGACACGACCAAUACAAUUUUCCUUUGCAUGGUCA